CCGUAUUUUUGAACGUUUUUAAAACAGUCUGCACGUUUUCAUACUAGGGGAUAUUGGAUUACCUUCUUUGGGUAGUAUUACUAAACUCGUAAUGAACUGAUACGUUUUGUUUUGAUCAUGGAACAAAGGGAGUGCGAGGAAAAAGGGGCGAGCGGACGGUGGAUGAGAUGCGUGGUUGCUGCGCUUUUGUGGACUGUGGCCUCGGCGCAGUUAAGAUAUUCAAUUUCUGAGGAGGUGAAAGAAGGAACUGUGGUUGGAAAUGUAGCCAAAGAUCUGGGAUUGGAUAAAAACACACUGAAAGACAGGAAGUAUCGGAUUGUUACUAGUGCGACAGAUCCUCUUUUUCAUGUGGAUCAGAACGACGGCAUUCUGUAUGUGAGCCGAAAGAUCGACAGGGAAGAGGUGUGUGAACGAACUAGUACAUGUGUGAUGAAUUUAAAAACCGUGCUAGAAAAUCCGUUGGAGGUCCAUUACGUUGGAAUAGAAGUGCUGGAUGUAAAUGAUCAUUCACCCACUUUCCCAGAGAAAGAGACAACGCUUGAGAUUUCAGAAUCCCUGAUGCCAGGAGCCCGAAUCCCGCUACAACCAGCACGGGAUCCAGACAGCGGUCCUUUCUCUAUUCAGCAGUACAAGCUUAGCUCCAAUGACCACUUUCGUUUGGAGGUUAAAGACAAAGGGGAUGAUGGUAAAAUACCUGUACUGAUUGUCCAAAAGUCUUUAGAUCGGGAAAUGUCAAGGAGCCAUUUCCUCGUGUUGACAGCACUGGAUGGAGGUAAACCUCCUAAGUCUGGCGAAAUGAAUAUUCUAGUAAAUGUUCUGGAUGUAAACGAUAAUGCACCAGCCUUCUCUAAAGAUGUUUACUCAGUGACGCUGGAUGAAAACGCCCCAGUAGGCACCAGAGUCAUUCAGGUAAAUGCGACUGAUUUAGAUGAUGGACCGAAUGGAGACGUGAUUUACUCAUUCAGCAAUAGUGUAAAUCGAAAAGUCUUUAAGCUUUUCGACAUAAACCCAACAACAGGUGUGAUAACUGUAAAAGGAUUAAUUGAUUAUGAGGACAAGGACAAAUAUGAAAUUGAAAUCCAAGCAUCAGACAAAGGUCUGGCUCCUCUGUCAACACAAAAAAGUGUCCUUAUUAAGAUAGUUGACAUGAAUGAUAAUGCACCUGAGAUUGAAGUUACCUCAUUUUCCAGCUCUAUCCCUGAAGAUUCCAGACCUGGAACUACUGUUGCUCUAAUCAGUAUCAGCGAUUUAGACUCUGGACUCAAUGGGAAAGUUAUUUGUACGGUAAAUGAAGAUGCUCCUUUUGCUUUAUCACAUUCUUUACAAGACAAAAUGUAUUCUCUUGUGACCAAAUCGCCUCUGGACAGAGAAAAACAGUCACAAUAUAUCAUAACAGUAGCUGCAAAAGAUGCUGGUCAACCUUCAUUAUCAUCUGAAAAGUCAAUCAGUGUUGUGGUGUCAGAUGUGAAUGACAACAGUCCAGUGUUUUCACUCAGUCCAUAUACUUUCUAUGUCACUGAGGGGAAUGAUCCAGGAGCCUCAGUGUUUUCUGUUAAAGCUUCUGAUCGUGAUGAGAAUGAAAAUGCUGUCAUAUCCUAUCAUAUUGUCAGAGAUGGAAGUGAAGAUAAUAAAGUCACUUCAUUUCUAAACAUAAACUCUGAUAAUGGAGAUAUUGUGACGCUGAAAAGUUUUGACUUUGAAACACUGAAAACUUUCCAAUUCCAAGUUGUUGCCACAGAUUCUGGAGCUCCGUCUCUCAGCACCAACGUCACAGUCAACGUGUUCAUUCUGGAUCAGAACGACAACGCUCCAGUCAUCCUGUAUCCACUCAGCUCCAACGGAUCUGCUGAAGGUGUGGAGGAGAUUCCCCGAAAUGUCAACGCAGGACACUUGGUCACCAAAGUCAGAGCCUAUGACGCUGAUAUAGGAUAUAACGGCUGGCUGCUCUUCUCACUGCAGGAACUCACUGACCACAGUCUCUUUGCUUUGGACCGAUAUACAGGACAGAUCAGAACACUUCGCUCAUUCACAGAGACAGACGAGGCUGAACACAAACUGGUCAUACUGGUCAAAGACAACGGAAACGUUUCACUCUCAGCAACAGCUACUGUCAUUGUCAAACUUGUGGAGCCCAAAGAGGCUUUUGCAGCGUCUGAUGUCAAAAGUGCAGCAAAAGUUGAUGAUGAUGACAACGUGACAUUUUAUCUGAUGAUAACUUUGGGAUCAGUUUCUGUGCUUUUUCUCAUCAGCAUCAUCAUUCUGAUUGCAAUGCAGUGCUCCAAAUCCACAGACUAUACUUCCAAAUAUCUACAAGAGACUAAUUAUGAUGGGACACUGUGUCACAGCAUCCAGUACAGAUCUGGAGACAAACGCUACAUGUUAGUUGGACCCAGGAUGAGUAUAGGAUCUACUAUAGUUCCUGGCAGUCAUGCAAACACUCUAGUGCUCCCUGAUAGGAGGAGGGCAUCUGAAGAGGUAAGAAAGAGCAAUUAAUUUAAAAGCAGUUCU